AUGCCAUUCACACGGGCAAGCACAAUACAGGUCUUCGGUGCACUCUUGGAUGCUAUCUCGAAGGGGGCGGUCAGAUCCUUUGAUCCAUGUGCGGAGGAAAGACUGGUGGAGAUGUGGGAAUCGGAGCGUUUCUUUGGCGUUCCCAAGGAUAUAGCACCGCAGGAAAACAUCAUUCCGUAUGAGUUUUGGUAUGAUAGCUUACCAAGUAUCAUUUUCAUCAAUGUUGGAUUUCUACAGCGUGAUGGUCAAGAAUAUCUUUCCUUUGACACUGUCGGGCCCUUACCAGCAGUGGACACCCCUAUCUUCUAUUAUUCAUCAAGAGGAUGGCGCGAUGCGACGCUUAUCGCUCAGACGGAGCUAGUUUGGAUGGAAUCAAACGACAGUUCUCCAGGAGGGGAUGUCACAUCCGAGUCCCGUGGCAAGAUUGCGGUUAUGCGAUGCUUGUCUCAUUCACCUAUAUACAAUGUACUUGGAGAACCAGGAGAGUCCGGUUCUUUGGUGUUCACCAAAGAUGACGGGAAACUGAUAGCUGUCGGUGGACACGCGGGAGAGCGGUAUGCAUUAGUGCAAAGUCUGGAAGGUAUUCUGGAUGACCUUCGUGAAUCCAUCCCUGAUAUUCGUUUACCUCCUUCUCCUGUUGCAUAA